AUGACAGCAACAUUUAUGAUAUAUACAACACUCCUUGUCUUAAUCCAAAUAUCGGCACGAUAUGCGACGAAUCUGAUGGAUCCGAAAGACUACGAUCAGGUAUUAUCGGACCCGAAAGAAAUCCGCGAUCGGAUAUAUGGAAGCAAGAUUGUCAUUGGGUUGGAACAGUGCAUGCUUCUCUCGACAUGGGGUGUCAAGACUUGCAUGUUAAUAUUUUACUGGAGACUUACCCAAAGCUUGCGCUCCAAUCUUUAUAUCAAGAUCCUUUCCGUAUACGUUGCGGUUGGCUUUGUGGUUAUAAUGGUCUGCUACUAUGCUAUUUAUUGUCGUCCCUUUCCCCAAUAUUGGGCGAUGCCUGUAAAGAACAUGCAGUGCGCAACCUACCAGAACUACUCGAUUACUCAAGCCGUCUUCAACAUCUCUUCAGAUGCAGUGAUGUUCGCCAUUCCAAUGCCACUUCUAGUGCGAGCUCAGCUCAAGCGCCACCGGAAGAUGCUCUUACUCGGCGUCAUGAGUCUGGGUCUUUUUACCAUAGUAGCAGCUAUUCUGAACAAAUAUUUCAACUUUGCUUCUCCUUUCACGACAACCUACCAGAUUUGGUACAUUCGUGAAGCCAGUACAGCGAUUUACGUCGCGAACUUAAUGUGCUGGUGGCCAUUACUUCGGAAACUAUUCGGCUUGAAAGCAUUCUCAUACAACAGCAAUCGAGGAAGGCGAGCAAGAGACCUCAAUAACCCCAGCAAAGAUAGCAACGGCUAUUCGCAAAGCGUGUCACGACCGUCAUUCUCUGUUCCUUGUUCUCUGAACUUCGUUCGCCCCGUUUUCAAGAGAGGUGACAAAAAGAUUCCCCCGGAGGCACAGAAUGAUACCCAUCGAUCGAGCCGGGAAGCCAUCACACAUAUUUCAAAUGACUGCAUGGAAGAUUUCAAUCAAGCAGGGGCGUACCCACUCGAGGACUGGAAUAGGGGGACCCACUGCGCAGGGGAUAUUGAAGAUCAAAGGCCUACCAGCCAAGAAUCCAUGGAUAUCUAUCACAACUCACAGUCAAUAUUCUCUCAAGACUACAUAGCUAGGUCGGUGUUCCCCGCCAUUUCCACUGUCACACCCGCUCGCGAGUCGCGUGGUUUCCCCAGGUCUUGGCUUAUGGGGUCUUCUCCGCCCGACAAUUCGGGCCAAUCCCGGCCCAGCAACACGGACAUCAUCAACGAUAGCGACGACGAUACCGAAACUACACCUCUGCACGAUAACAGAAUUCAGCGGGUUUUGCCUACUCCGAUCCUAACGGACAGUCACCGUUUUCCCUCUGUUGGUGAAACCGAAAGAGACCAUGUCCCUGUUACCGAACCCGAAGAGGAAGCAGUCGCUGAAGAGAAACCGGUGACAUGGAGUUCAUUACCAAAGAAGGGCCAACUGGCUAUAUUGACUUUGGCGCGGCUGUCAGAACCGCUGACUCAGACGUCGUUGCAGGCCUAUAUGUUUUAUCAGCUUAAGUCUUUUGAUCGGUCGUUGCCGGACUCGACGAUCUCAGCCCAGGCUGGUAUACUGCAGGGUAGCUUUACGGCUGCACAGUUCCUUACUGCUGUCUGGUGGGGCCGACUGGCUGAUGCAGAUUGGAUGGGUCGUAAGAAGGUUCUAAUGAUUGGGUUAUUUGGUACAUGUGUCUCUGCGCUGGGGUUUGGCUUUUCACGGUCUUUUGUUACUGCCGCCUUGUUUCGCACACUUGGUGGUUUAUUAAAUAGUAACCAGGGUGUUAUGCGAACGAUGAUCUCCGAGAUUAUCGCUGAGAAGAAAUAUCAAUCACGAGCAUUUUUGCUUCUUCCUAUGUGCUUUAAUAUCGGUGUCAUCAUUGGCCCGGUUCUUGGAGGAUCAUUGGCGGAACCUGUCAAGAACUUGCCUUGGCUGUUUGGGCCUGGUUCUUUCCUUGGCGGUAAAAGUGGCGUGUGGUGGAUGGAACACUGGCCAUACGCACUGCCAAACCUUCUAAGUGCUUGUUUCAUAUUCAUGUCAUUCCUUGCAAUUUUCUUUGGACUUGAUGAGUCUCAUGAAUUUGCACGUCAUCGCAGAGACCGGGGCCGAGAACUUGGCAAGAGGAUAGCUCGUGCUUUCUGCAGACACCCUCCACACUAUGAUCCGCUUACUCGCUCUGAGCAGGAUGCAUCUCUCUAUCUGGACAACAAUACACCUUGGUCAGCUCCACCAAGUCCGGUUCGUACACGUUCGCAACCGCCACGUCCACGUAAACGAGCAGGCCUGCGACAAAUCUGUACGCGGAAUGUUCUGCUCACCCUUCUGGCUCAUUUCCUUCUCGCAUUCCACACCAGUGCGUUCAAUGCUAUGACUUUCGUAUUCUUGCCCACUCCUCGUGCCCCCGAAGGUACCCGAAACGGCUUCUUCCACUUUAGUGGAGGUCUAGGUCUACCAUCUUCACGGGUCGGUCUUGCUACUGCAAUCAUUGGCUUCAUCGGCCUUCCUCUUCAAAUCUUCCUAUAUCCCAUAAUCCAAGGAAAACUCGGAACACUCACCUCAUUCCGAGCCUUUCUUCCCCUCUCCCCUGCUGCGUAUCUUCUGAUGCCCUUCCUCGUGGUUAUUCCAAACAUUCCAUAUCUUGUCUGGCCUUCUUUCACCUUCGUGGUGUCGUUGCAAGUCAUAUCCCGCACUUUUGUGCUACCUGCGGCUAUUAUCCUUGUCAAUAAUUGUGUUACCGACUCAACCAUUCUAGGUACGGUACACGGUGUGGCGCAAAGUAUUUCGAGUGCUGCCCGUACCCUGGGCCCGCUGUUGGGUGGAUGGGGAUUGGGUUUGGGUCUCAUGCAUAACAUGGUUGGGGCUGUUUGGUGGGCGUUGGCUAUAGAGUCUUUGCUUGGCUAUGUGGUACUAUGGUUCAUUUAUGAGGGUAAAGGGAUUGAAAAGGCCAAGCCCGAUGCAGAGGAAGAAGAGGCGGAGCAAUGA